ACUCCAUGAAAGAUGACGGAGGAGGUGAUUGUUGUAGCCAAGUGGGACUACACGGCCCAGCAGGACCAGGAACUUGACAUCCGUAAAAACGAGCGUCUCUACCUGCUGGACGACUCCAAGACCUGGUGGCGAGUCCGCAACACCGGGAACCAGACGGGCUACGUGCCGUCCAACUACGUGGAGCGCAAGAACAGCCUGAAGAAAGGCUCGCUGGUGAAGAACAUCAAGGACACACUGGGUUUGGGAAAAACGAAGAGGAAGACGAGCGCCCGCGAUGCUUCCCCGACGCCGAGCUCCGACACAGAGUCCCCCUCUAAUGGCAGCGGGGGGGGCGGAGGAGGAGGAGGAAGGGGAGGAGGAAGAGGAGGAGGAGGAGGAGCGGCUGAACGCAUCUACGACCUCAACGUCCCCGCCGUGGUGAAGUUCGCCUACACAGCGGAGCGAGAAGACGAGCUGACCCUGACGAAGGGCUCCAUGGUGGUAGUGAUGGAGAAGUGUAGUGACGGCUGGUGGAGGGGCGGCCAGGGGGGGCGCGUGGGCUGGUUCCCCUCCAACUACGUCCUGGAGGAGCUGGGGGGGGCGGACGACCGGGAGGAGGGAGACUUCUCAGAGGGGUACCAGGGGCGCGGGACUUUGUUGGCCAACGGGCAAGCUGGAGGAGGAGGCGGGGCCGCGGUUCUCCACCUGGUGCAAACUCUCUACCCCUUCAGCUCUGUGACGGAGGAGGAGCUGAACUUUGAGAAGGGCGAGGUGAUGGAGGUGGUGGAGAAGCCUGAGAACGACCCCGAGUGGUGGAGGUGUCAGAACUCGCACGGCGUGGUGGGUUUGGUGCCUAAGAACUAUGUGGUGGUGCUGGACGAGCGGCCCGAGCUGCCCCCCCCCCUCUCCAACUCCCCCAUGAAGCGCUCCGUGGCCCCGGCCCACUCGGGAAGGUUCGCCGGGCGGGACUGGUACUACGGAGACAUCACCCGGCACCAGGCGGAGAGCAUCCUCAACGAGAGGGGGGAGGAGGGGGACUUCCUGGUACGAGACAGCGAGUCAUCGCCCAACGACUUCUCCGUGUCUCUGAAGGCGUCCGGUAAGAAUAAGCACUUUAAGGUGCAGCAGACGGAGGGCGUGUUCUGUAUCGGCCAGCGUAAGUUCGGCUCCAUCGACGAGCUGGUGGAGCACUACAAGAAGGCCCCCAUCUUCACCAGCGAGCACGGAGACAAGCUGUACCUGGUCAAAGCGCUGCUGUGAUUCACACACCCUCACACCUACACUGGAUCUCACUCACACACAUGAUACUAAUGCCACCCCCUAACUGUCUUAACUCAAGCCUUAGCUCUGGUCCCUGUUCCAGUUUCAUCUGUCGCCCCCUACUGGUGACCUUUAUAGCUCUACAACGGAGCCUUUAACCUCACAUCUGUCGGCAAAACACACCCUGAUACAUCCUCUAAUUACGGCACAGUGCUUAAUGAGCCUCUGUCCCCGGGAUGUGAACUUGUGCAGCGACCACAUCUGCUGCUAACCGAACGCCUGAGGCUUUGUUGGGGUCGAGCUCUCCAGCUGAUGUCAUACAUAACGUCCAUUUACUACCACGCACAUCGUAGGUUACACCAUUGCUCUUAAUCCACACAGGAAGUCGAAACAGUUCACAGAGGAGUCUGGCGGACCUUAUUGCUGGCCAUUGUUUUAUUUUUCUUGCUUUAUUUUAAACCUCAUUUUUCUUUUAAAGGUCAUUGAAACUCCUCUGCAGAGGUUUGAACCACACAAUGACUUCACAAAGUGACCAGAAUCACUCUCUUGCCUUUUUCCUCCUAAUUUUCAUCUUUCCUCUACAUGAUUUAUUUCCCCAUUUGUGACUUUUGUUCAACUUCUGUCCCCACAAACCAAGUCAUUAUUAGUGAUGUUGUUGAAAAUCUGGAUACAACUCUUCCUGUAAUAUUUGUAAUGGCAGCGAGUGGUGCGUUAAUCCAAUAGGAGACCUCUGAUUUCCUGUAGAGUUUGAAUGUUUAUCAAUGUAACCAAAUGUGCCACCCUGUACCCAUAGAACUGGCUCCAGGUCUGCACUGCACUCACCGUUCAUCCAUAGCUCUGUGCUCAUGCUUUAUAUCGUGUCACGGUGAACAAGGUCCUCCAGUAUGCGUCUGUAGAUACUGUAGGAUACUGACUGAAGAAUCAUUAAGAAAUAAUAAUCAUUUUUAGGUAACACUUUUGAGUAACUACACUUGAUCUGCUCCUGCAAACAGUUAUAAAAUAAUAUCUCUUUUUGUCUAAGGUAGGUACAUUUUUGGGAAUCUUGUGAAUACAGAGAAUUGUGAGGAAAAUUGUCAUUUACAAAAAAAACACUGAUUGAAAGUGGUGAUUGACCUUUAUAAUUAACAGAUAAAGAAGGGAUGGCCCUGAAAUCUACACCUAUGUAUACGCACAUACUCCAACAAAGGUCAGAAAAGUAUUUGGAAAUGAUUACUUAUUCAUGUAAACGGUCCAACACCAAACUUGUAAGGCACAGCUCUUGACUGCAUGUUAAGCCCCUCCCACAAGCAGCGGUUGUCCAAUAACAGCUUAGCAGCCGUAACUCAUUCUACGAGACACAGUUUGGAGGGAAACUAUGUCUCAAACUAAAAGCAUAAGGUGUUUUACUGCUAUAUUAUGUUAUCGUUAGCAUGUCUUGCUAACUUACUACCAUCUGUAGUAACUGAGGCUCCCAUCUUUAAGUCCCUCCUCAGCUAGCUAAAGCUAAUAAUAUGCCAUAAAUAGAUCUGAAUUAAGAUGGCAGAAUUAUGGAAGCCUCCCGCCAUUGUGAUGAAAAAACAUACCUUUAUAAUGAGAAACUUUCUUAAGAUAUUAUCUUAGAGAAAUUACUUAUCUAUUUUAAAAUAUAACUUAAAGGCUCAAAAUAAUUUAAAAACGAUCUAGAAUGAUGAGAAAAUGUCUUAAAAUAAUACCGUAGGAUCUCAGAAUAAUUACAAAUUAUUUCAAAAUGUUUGCUAAGCUAAUUUUUCAGUUACUUAGUCAAUCUUUUGAGGAAUCUUGUAAUUAUGAAGAGUUUCAAUCUUAUUACUGCUGGAAAAAAAUGUCUAUACAAAAUAAACCGUUACUAGCUAAAAAAGAAGACUGCUGCUUUUGUCUCCCUCUGGCUGAAAUUAAGGACCUGGUAUUUCAAAAACACUAUAUAUUUUGAGCGCUAAAAUAAGUAUUUUCAUGUGCUGCUCAGUGUCGGAACUUUGGCAUAGCAACAGGAACUAAGGGGCGGGGCUUAACCCAUAGUCAGUUUAUAAUGAGAGUAAUUUUACCGUCAAGAAACCAAAAAUACCGUCAUCUGGUUUGUAAAGAAAAUAUAUUCUAGUCCUACCAAACAUUUUCCUCGUCGACCUUCUUUCUCUUUGUGCAUUUGUUUACCAAUGGAAGUGUUGUUGACCACGGGGUCCUCAGCUUUUAUAAGAUAUAUCUGAAUGUUAUUGAGCAAUGUUAUUUAAUUCUUGUCUCCACUGUAUGUAUAUAUUCAAAAAUAAGAUGAGGUGCAUAUAUGAAUCGCUCAAGAUCAAACUAUGGUACUGUAUCACCGACAACGUGAUGAGAAUUGAAAUACUUUUGUUCAAUAAAUGUUUUGAAGAAUACUAAAAUGACAA